AUGAUGAUUGCGUUGACUGAAGUAAAUUCAUCGAGUACUUUUCAUCGUCCUACUACACAUAACAACCUUACCAGAGUAUCAAGAAAAUCCUCUGAUUUUGAACAUUCAUCAAUAAACAAGCCGAAAUUAUCCAAGGAAGAAAUUGAUAAAAUUGUUGAACGUUUAACAAAAUAUGAUGAAACCACAGGACCACCAGGAUCAAAUCGAGCGAAAAUGUAUUUAGGUUUUGGACGAUAUGAAUAUCCACAUAGAAAAUGUAUGAUUAAUCAAGGGAAAACCUUAGAUAAAACAGAAAUUGAUAAUUUAAUUGAACGAUUAAAAAAUGAAAAAUUUCCGAAAAUUUCAGAAACUAUUACUUAUUCAAACAAUUUAAAAUGUGAUACAAUUAAAUUACAAGAAAUUAUUGCACAUUUAACAGCUGAUAAUCAAACUAAACUACCUGUUGAAUCUACAUUAGCUAGAAUAGAUCUUGGUUUUAAUCGUUACGAUUUUGGUUGCUCAUCGGCUAGUCAAGCAAGACCAAUUAUGAAGAAAUUAAAUAAACAAGAAUUGUUCAAUGUUACUGAACGUUUAUCAAAAUAUGAUAUUAAUAAAUAUCCACCAGAAUCUAAAGGACAUAUGAAGAAAUGA